AUGGAAGACCAGUGGCGGGUUGACACUGUGGACGCACUGAAAAUUCUGGUGGACGUGUUUGUGCUCCUGCCUAUGACUAACUUUCCAGACCUACCAAAAAAGCUGCACAUUUGCGUGCUGGGCGGCACCGAUCUUGCACACCCGGAGGUCCACACGGAUUUCAAUCGCCACGUGCCGCUGAAUCCAUUCGCGGAACGUGUGCGCUCGUCCCCUGCAAGUGCGAGUUUUUUCUUGGUUUCGCUGAUGCACUUGUUGAAAUCCAAUCGUGUGAAUCAAGUGGCUCGUCAUACGUUGGAUGGCCUGUGCAUUAUGAAUGCCUUCAAACGAAAGCAAGCUUUGGACCCCUUGCAAGAUUAUACUUUGUUGAUUUUGUCCGUGUUCUUGGUGUGGUUCCGACGCCUCGGACAAGCGGGCAAUCAAAAAGUAACGGAUGCAUAUUUAUUGUUUAUGUGCUAUCAGGGAAAACAUCGUAGUAUGUACGUGGCAAAGCUUGUCGCACUUUUUCUCCACAUUUUGAAAGCGGUGCUUAAUCUGGACAUCGUCAUCAACUUUGAGUGGGUUGCGGGUCCAAGGGUUGAGCGAGACCUUCAUGGAGAGGAGUCCGAUACCCGCCAGCAUUCUCGUUGCUUAACUGACAUUGGUGCUGGCUGGACGCGGUUCUUUGCGCGACGCGGGCCGGCAAAAUUUCUUUUUUUUGAAUGCACGGAUGGAUUCUACUUGGAUCGCUUCGGCGGCGAAGGUGACGCACGAGCUUUGGACGUGCAGAGGUGUUUGAAUGAGAUGCGUUUACCCCCACUGGCUGACGGCUUGCGAACUCUGUUUCAUGGUUUGGAACGGUGCCUUUUUAACUUCGUGAUGAAGAUAUCUGAUCGCAAUUUUUUGCGUAGCUGGCAUUUUUUUGUUCGACAAGGUUGCUUUCCGCUGUGGCCAUAUGACUGUAGUUUAUGUACGGAAGCCCGAGGACACUGGGCCAAGAACAUUGCAUUCUGGUUUGCUCCUGUGGUUGAAGCACUUCAGCGCCAGCAGGGCGAUCCGCCACAAACGGCAACUGCAGUUCGGAAGCGCCCUGCGUGGGCAGACCUUUGCGAUGACGAUUCAGACGAAGAUUUCGUUGCCGAAGACACCAGCGGUGGAGCUGCGGGUUCGUCCGGCACUGCUUCUCAAUCUUAUUCUGCCUCGUCCAGUCAAACGCUUCCUUCGUCGAAGAAAGCAGCAGCGGCAAGGAGUACGUCUUUGGGGACUGCUCCUUCUCCGAAGGCUAUGCCGCAAAUCAAGGGGUCUGUCGGCCGAUCUUUGUUGCAGAAAAAAGAAAGACAGGCGGAGACGAAGAAACAUAAAGUCAGGUUUUCCGAUGAUGAUCCACAAGUGAAGCGCGUGCCAGACGAUGUGCAUUGGCGACUGGAAGUCGAUUUGGAAUUGAAAGCAUUGUUGUCAUUUCAACAGGUGAAGUUGACGGAAGACGACGCUCAACGGGAUUGCUUGCUGCAAGUUACUGACGGACAUCGCCAGAAGUUUCGUGUUGCGGCAAGCAAAGCUUCCGCGGAUUUGGUGAACGCUGCGCGAUCUCUCGUAGAAGAGCCUGAUGUACAAGAUGAGCUUGUAGAAAUCUAUAAGUUGAUUCGCAACAGCGGCUUGCCGUUUCCGGAGGAACGAACCUUUGUUUCUCCGCUGCAGGAGAUGCAAUUCUAUAUCUUUCUGCAUAUGCUUUCUAUCCUAGUGGACUCGGAACACUUGAUUCAAUUUGGUGUCUCUGCUUUGUUCUUGCACAAAAUUGGUGAGCACUUCAAGCAGAAGCUGUCGCUGGAUAUGCAGGAGCUUGUGGCACGUUAUUUGUAUAUCUUAUACUUGGCCAAGCCUGUGGAACCGAAUGUUUGGGGAACCGGUUGUUUUGGUUUGUUGUUGACAAAAGGACGAGUUGCGCCCAAAGCGUGGUGGAUGAAAAUGCAGGACAUUAUUCACCGACAAUCGGAUCGUCCGUUCUGUCAAGAGUAUUGCUGCACAAUAGGGGUGCCAAACGGCGGACCCACUGGAACCAGUAGUGAUAUGUCGUUUGCAGAUGAACUGCGCGUCAUAGCAGAACGCUAUCAGCGAGAUUGCAUGCGUGUAGCCCCAGAAAUGCCCGAACACCGGUUUUGGCUGUAUCACGAUACCCUUGUCUCAUGUGAGUUUGGUUUAGCGUAUCCGCGUGUUUUGCAACCUUUGCGAUCGUCUGCACCGGGCUUCGAGGCAACGUGGGGAGCGAACGAUGGUCAAGCGCCUGAGGUCAGAAGGCAUAACUUGGUCAGAGACACGCAUGUUUUUCUGGAAGUGCAUGAGUGCACCGAAAUUUUCCGCGACUCCUUCGGAUCCGAAGUGCAUCACAGGAGGGAUGGGGCUUGUGUACCGGAUGAUUUGAUGCUUGAUGAACUGUUGGGACGUGACUUUGAGAAAAACUUGUGCAGGACAUUUGCUGAGAGUCGGUUGCCAAGACCAUGGUGGUUGCCUAGUGCGUGCGGUGUUACGACCCGCGCAGUAGCCGAUGAGCCGGUCGCACCAGCGGCUGAGAGCGAGACUGCGAACUGUCUUGCUGCAGUGCAAUAUCAAAUUCUCGGUGGUUUCUUCAUGUCGUCGCUGCGACCUGAUAAUGUGAUGCAUCCACAUUUGCGAGCACACUUCGAGUAUCACGUCGGACGUCUCCUUGCGUUCGAAAUUGUUCAUGCCAGAACCUUCCGAGUUUCGGUUCUUGACUUUUUGUUAGGCUGCGGCGUGAAAUUUCAAGCUGGAGAAGGAUGGCAACAGAGGGUCGUGGAGAAGAGAUACAAGGUCACUGAGAAAUGGCACACUUUGGCAGUGCACACUGCUUGGGGAGACAAAUGUCGUGUGCAGAGAUUUCAAGACGAAGAUGACGAUCGUAUAUAUUUGGUCGCAAUGGCUUGUCAGCAGCAAACCCACAAGACAAUGCCGUGCUUUCAAAAUCUCGAAAUGUGCGGGUGCGGGGCAGUUUGCAAUCUGCGACACGGCUUAAAUGAGAAACACGCCAGACAGCUGAUGGUGCACGCUUUCCAGUACUUGCAGCGCGCCGACAUGGCACGCCGCGGUCGCGCAUCUGACGCGCGGGGCGAGGAUGGCUUGGGUUUCAUUCAGUCCUUAUUGGAGAAAAUAGGUUACCAAUGCCCUGAAAAUGAGCAAUACCAUUUGAACCCGGAGCGACGACUGCAGUUGUUUCACCAGCCCCGAUGGUUUCCACGUUUCUAUUCCAAGGAGUGGCGAGCCCGGUUGCAACAGACGGCUUUUGAGGCACAAGCACCAUGUCCGGACGAGGAAGAGUAUCGAUGCUUCAGUGCCGCUGAGCGUCAAAGCAUCAAAGACUUGGUGCGUGCGCAAAACCACGCGCAGCGAGAAUUUGAAACCUUACUUUUGAAUUUGAACAAGACUGGCAUCUGUGAGGCUUGCUGGGACACUCUGGUGGGCCAGGAUGAUUCUGCCAAAUUGCGGCAAUGCACUCGGUUGCUCGACGCCAAUGCGGCGGACCUCUUGAUGACCUGGAUCAUGGUCAGCAAGACGAAGGCGCGUAUUUUGGUUGCAGUCGUGACUGGUCAGGUGCCGUUGCCGGAGAUGUGGGUCGCGGGACUAGAACCGCCACCGCUGGCACCUGCACACCCACCUGCGCCUGCGCACGCCGGCUGA